CUUCAUUGUGAACCUGGCUAUCAGUGACCUGGGCAUGACGGUGACACUCUUCCCAUUUGCCACGCCAUCCUUCUUUGCACACAGAUGGCUGUUUAACCAUGCGGUGUGCACAUUCUACGCAUUCUCUGGCAUGUUCUUUGGCCUCUGCAGUCUUACCAGCCUGACAGUGCUAAGCACGGUUUGCUGCCUGAAGGUCUGUUAUCCAGCAUAUGGCAAUAAGUUCUCCCCCACCCAUGCUGGAGUCCUGCUACUGUGUGUCUGGGCGUACGCCCUUGUCUUUGCCGUAGCUCCUCUGGCCAACUGGGGCAGUUAUGGCCCAGAGCCCUACGGGACAGCUUGUUGCCUGAAGUGGAAAGCUACGACCAGGGAGGCAGUGAUCUACAUCGUGGCGCUCUUCGUCUUCUGUUACCUCUUCCCCUGCCUCCUGAUCCUCUUCUCCUACUCACUCAUCCUGUGGACUGUGAAAGUGGCCCGAAGAGCCGUGAAGCAGCACAUGUCACCGCAGAGCAAAGCCAACAGCGUGCACAGCUUGAUUGUAAAGCUUAGCGUAGCUGUGUGCAUUGGAUUUCUGGCCGCCUGGACCCCAUAUGCAAUUGUCGCCAUGUGGGCAGCCUUUGGAGAUGCCAGCCAAGUUCCAGCUCUGGCCUUUGCCCUCUCUGCCGUUUUCGCCAAGUCCUCCACCACCUACAACCCUCUGGUCUACCUGCUCUUCAAACCCAACUUCCAGAAGUUCCUCUCCAAAGAGCUGUCCCUCCUGCAGGCCAUCUGCGCCAUCCUCUGCUGCAGCCACCACAGUGUCAUCCCGCUCCAGUCUUUCCAGACCAGAGAGGCCAGAACCUCUGCCAGGCUCUCCACAGCCUUCCCCGACUCCCCCGGGCCUUGCAGGAACUGCAACGACACUUUCGAAUGUUUUAGUAACUAUCCUAGGUGCUAUAAGCUCACCCAGCAGCCUGCCCCAACAGCCAGGCCCAAGUCCCUGGCAGAUGGGCCUGCCUGCCAGCCAGCUCUGAAGAGGAACAUGCCGGUCAUGGUGCUAGUGACAAGGAAGAAAUCGGGAAUGGGGACCACAAGCAUGGCAGGAUCCAUUCUGCCGUCAGACAUUGUGAAAGAUCUUAUCUGAGCAUCUCGGGAGGCCAGGGUCUCCCAAGCAGGAUGAGGCCUCCCACAUUCUAGACAUCAGGGAAUAUUUUAGCUCCAUAUAUUUUAAAAAAUAAUCUGUUUAUGUGGCAGAUGGGCCCUGACCUGCAAAAUGCCCUUUAUGGGAUUCAGAAAAACCAUACACCAGCCUUCCAUUUUUACUGUUGCAAUUCUGGGCCCAUAGAUUGUCCCUACAAACAUGGACAGUGGUGCCUGGGAGCCUGGCCCUCUGUGUAUGACAAUGAUGAUGUUUCUAUAGCAACAGGCUCCUCAGGGCCCCUUUUCCAUAUUCUGGUGCUUUGAUGGCCAAGUAUGACCUUUAUUCUCUUGAGAAGCAUUAUCUAGCAUGCAGGGUGGAGUGCAAGAAGUCCUGAUCCCAGCUACAACAGACUACAGUAGCCUUUUGCAGCCCAGUCAUUUAAUCAUGUCAGUUUUCCCACUCAUCUACCUCACAGGGGCUUGCAAAGAUUAAGACGACAAGGCACUCUGCAAAUGUCGACUCCAAAGAGCCCUCAAUGUUAUGUUACGUCUCAAGAGACACCUGGUGCUUAUGCCGUAGUACCCAAUCUUCUCACAUUAAUGCAACCCACUACCAUGAAUAUAAAACAAAACAGUAUCCCACACCUAAGAAUUUGGGGCUAAGAUGAUCCCCUUCAGCUAAUACAGGUUUCAUGUGCUGCUCUCCGCAGUGUGAGCAGCAAGACUGCAAGUGCACGACAUCCAUUUAGGUGGACUUGCAGCAAUGCAAGACCGGGCUUUGUUGUCCAUUUAGAUUUCAGGUGCAAUUCAAACAUGGAGGCAAUACAUUGCUAGGGGAAGGAACCAGGGUAAAGGACCUCAGAGAGCUUAUCAAAUGACUUGAUCCAAAAUCCAUUGAAGAGGAUGGAAAAAUUCAUGAUUACGUGCUGAACCCGGACACAGGGCAAUUUAUUAGGCAGAAGAUGGAAGUGAGACUCCAAUACACUCAAUCUGGACAGCUUGAAUUGCUUCCUGAUCUCAGAACACACCCUCCAGUGGCAACACUGACCAAGUAGGCACAAUAUAUAUAUAUAUUUAUUCAAGUGUGUGUGCACAGAACACUCCUGCACAAGCCCUGCUAGGAAAGUAAAGCAAUUUACUGAAGCAUUUGGAUAUUUAAGGGAAUCACAAAACAAGAAUAUCCUUCAGUGACAGAAAAAAGGCUGCUAUGUUGAGCAGAUACAAAAACAUCUAAGUAUUACAUCUAAGUAUUAAAUAUAGAUCAAUAUGUACAACUGCAGAGUUACUGUGUGCAAGAUGACCCAGACUGGACAAAGAAUGGGUACAUGGAAUACACAAAGAGAUGCCCGAUAGCUCUCCUAUAGAGUUGGCUAUUGAAAUUACAUUUCUCGGACCAUAAAAAAAAAAUAUGAACACAACAUCCUUAACACAUGGAACACUAGCUGCCUUGCUGUAUAACAUGCAGAAUGUUUCUAAGAUCCUGUAGAAACUCUCUUGGCCACCAAGAAUGCUAAACAAAUGAGGAGUGAGAGAAAAUAGUACACAAUGGAAAGGGAGCAGCCAGUCAAGCGACUCAUAGAGAGUCUGGAUGCAUGGAAGUCAAUGCAUUUUGAAAGAAGCUACUGGCUAAGAAAAAUUUCUACCCUAAAUACAGGGGGAAAGUGAUAAUAGGUUCAGGCUGAGAGAUAAAAAAAUAAAUAAGAGAAGAACAGAGCUGUAGAAGAGUAAACUCACCGCUGGAGCACCACCUCACGACUGAGCAUGGCCUGGCGAUCCCUGCUGACAAUAGCUCUGGCCCUCUUGUGGUCUGGCUCAUCUUGUGCCUCAGCCCUCCAGCCAGACUGCUCUUCGCCUCUUCAAGGAGAGCUGCAGGUCUCACAAACAAUGGCAGGACUUCAAGCUGAGUCUUUGGCCCAAGUUUGCCAUCCCCAGUCUCUGGGGUCUUCAACCACCUUUUCCAGUGGUUGGUAGGGUACCACAGACUCUCCCUUUCUUCUAGGUUCCAAGCCAGGGACCCGGUACAAAGCAAGCAAGGUCUGUCUUCUUGGGCUCUUUCCUACCCCUAGCUCAGCCAUCUACAAGCCUCCUCUACAGCCCUUCCUUGGCCUUAUGUAGCAACAUUCCUCAUGCCCACCCCAAGGGGUCAAGCUUCACCCAUCCGGCCAAGGUUGGCAGGAUUCCCCCUCUGAAUUCUCUAAACAAUCCCAAAUCAACCCUAUAGAUUUAAACCACCUGCACCCCCACUGGGUGUGAGCUUCAAUCCUUCUCAAGUCCUCCCUGCUUCGCCUUAGCUGAACACCAGCUCUCCAGCGUGCUACCCUUGGAGUCAUGUCCCUAUUUUGAAAUACUCCCUAGGAAUGAACUAACUCCCUCCUAUCCUGUCUCCCUUAUUUUCCACCAAGCCAGUUCCAAAAAACAGAAGCCCCCAGCCUUCUCUCUCAUUGCACUCUCAGUCCCUUUAAGGAACACCUGACUUUUUCAGGUGUAUCUGUUAAUUGACAUACUUAUGGCAGGGGCUACAGGUGGCAGCAAGCAGACUAAUCAAGUCCACAGGCUCCUGUUAAUCUUCUCAGUACUGCUGUGGGAUUUACACUCCAUCGCAGGGCAGGGGGAGAAGAUUAUACAUAUUUCUUAACAGCCAAUGGAAUUGGAGAUGCAGCCUCCACCACCACUGUCCAUGCCCAUCACUGCCCCACUCCUGCAGAGCCCCAGGUGCUGGACUGUAGGCCCUGGCCUGGCUGUCAGGACUACGAUGCCUACAGGAGAGCCUCCACAGUCAGUAGCCAGGACCCUGGGUGGCAGAGGGGCCCCUAGGCAUAGGCUGGGAUCCUGGUGCAGGACCAGUGAUGGAGAUGCUGGGCACAAAAUGUGGGGGUGCUUCAGUCAGAACCCCCUUGUACCCCUGCCUAUGAUAGCAGCAAUGGUCCAGAUUCUAAAAGCCAGAACUGUGCCUUACUAACCCAGCUGGCUAUACUGAUUUCAAGGGGGUUAUGCACAGAGUAAGGGUUUACUGAGUGUGAAUAUGGGUGGCAAAAUUUGGCCUUAAAUCAACAGAUUUUUCCCAUCUAUUGGAAAGACAGAGCAGCUCAGACAUUAAGAAAAUGGCUCACAGUACAAACUAAUAAUAAUCAGCUGAUCAGAUGUUUAAAGAAAAAAUCCCAUAAAAUAUGAAAAUGGCUCUUUGACCGAAUAAAUUUGACAAACAUGAUUAAAAUAAGAUUGCAAGUUUCUGCCCCCCUUCUCUGACUCCAUUACUUUAACGUAAUGCUCAGGGCUGGGAGGCAUCAUUCACAGCAUUGGAUCCCGUGCAGUUUUUGCAUCACUUUGGGUAACUCGUAUUACCUCUCUGUGCCUCAGUUUCCUCAUCUGUAAAAUAGUUUAGCCUCUAUGAAAACCUGACUAUGACUAAGGUUUCUAAAGAUAUUUUAGGUCCUCUGAUGAAAGGGGCCCUAGAAAGGCAAAGCAUUGUUGAUAGGAUAUUUAUCUCAGGAUCUCUAAGUAUUUACUUUUGUUUAAUACUAAGAAAUGCAGGACUGUCAGAGCCAGAGACUGGAUAAUAGCAGUGCACUUGGGAAGCCACCCAGGAGAGAUUCAGGUGCCACCCAGCUGAUUAGCAGAGCGGUGGUGCACAUCUGCAAAUGCUACAAUGCACAUACUUUUUUUGUGCGCCUGGAUGAAAAAAUUAGAGGGAACAUUGGUAACAGUUGCUCCAGUCAGUUUCACGUGGAGGCACAUAGGACACUAGCGACCAAUAAGAAAUGCAUGAGCAGAAUUGCCAGUGCCAAUUGUUCAAAAGUCCUGAGUCAGUUCACAGAAAUCCAGGAGAUUGGCUUUAAAAAAAAUCAUGAAAUUUAAAUAAAGUUGGGAGUACUUUCUACUUCCCUUUGGUUGCUGAGCCUCCAUGGGAGUUGCAAGCUUUUCUUCAUCACCAUCUCUAAUAAAUAAAUGAAAAGUGAGAUUCCAGGAAUCUGGGAGCUGGAGCUCUAAGAAAAACCCCAAAUAUUGUGAAAUUGUUGGCAACCCUGCAAAAGUCACCUGGCAGAACAAGAAAACCAUAACAACCCCCACCCCCCAGCUGCCAUUAGACCACAUUGUAAUUGGCCAUAGAACAAGUCAGAAAGAGGUUACUUUCUCUCUCCACUUUGAAACCCUCAUGCGAAGGGCACGGUUGGCACAGAGCAGGGAUAGCAGCUUUUACACAGCCUCACCAUGAUGGAGGCAGGGCCGGAAUGCAAUGUUCUUCAGGAAUCCCUGGUUGAGAGAUGCAGUGCCUAGAACCCAGACUAAUUUUGAGCAACUCUGAAAUACUUUGAGACCAGCACAGAACCAUCGCAAGGCCACUGCACUGUGCUGCUCAGAAUCCAACCUUCUAUGCUCUCACACUGUUUUGCUAACCACUGAAAUCAUGAUGCUCCUCACAUAGCUCCUUUCAUCACAGGCGCUCCCAUUGCUUUGAAGUCAGCAAGUGAGUUAGCCUCCCUACAGUCCUGUGAUGGGGGGAAGAAUUGUUAUAUCUAUCUGCAAAAGGGUCAGCCAAGAAACAAAGAUGUCAAGAGACACACUCCAGGUCACACAGAGAGUCAGUAGCAGAGGUGGGAUCAAACCCAAGCUCCCUCAUGUAGUGAUUACAGCAAGAUGCCUUCCUGGUCACAUUUAAUGAGCUAUUCCUAACAGUGAUUUUCUACAUCAAUUUUUCAGUAUCAUUAGUUAAUUAACAAAACUACCCUGCUCCUCAAUCCAUUCAGCAGCACUGCAGGGGAGUGGCACUAGACCAUUAAGGCACUUAACUAGUAUGGUAAAUUAUUUUCUCUCUAGUGAGAUCUUGGCAAAUUUCAUUUCACAUACACCGCGCUACUGUGAUCACAUGUUGCUCUGUAUUCUUUCCACAGCUCACGAUAAAUUACUUGUCUUCUAUAUUCUGUAAUCUGAUUCUUAUCUCUUUCUCAUGGAUUAUUCUCUGAAGAUACAGAAAUUGCUAUUCUUAGAAUGCACUCUCUGAGCAAUGGAAUACUGCUAUCUUUUCUUAGCUUUGUGUGGCCUUUUCAGCGGUACUAAUGCUUUACACAUAUGUCGCAGAAUCUGUCAUUCAGAGGGCACAAACCACUUAAAAUAUUAAAUAAUUUGAGCUUCAUACAAGAAAGAAAAGGAUAAUCCACAUUUUGCAUAUCGGGAAACUGAGGCACAGACAGGUUGAGAGACUUGCCCAAGGCCACACAGUCAAUUAGUGGCAGAGCAGGGAAUAAAAGUCAGGCCUGUGGUCCAAGUGCUGCGCUUUCACCAGGACUAUAAUUGUGCUGCGUACUUGUCCUGCCCAAGUUCACAGAGUUUAUCCAAUAGUGCCUAAAACAUCAAGGGCUAAGAACGGCCAGAGGAUAGAAGAGGAAAGCAAAUCUCACAUUCCUAGGGAGAGGGAGUUACACUCUGUGAAGGAAACAGGAAAGAGGCACUUUUGACACUUAGUCCAAAAGCUUCUCCUGUAACCUGAUAUUGGCUAUGGUUUGGGGCUACACGUGAGAUAAAUUUGUGGGUGUCUCAGACCCACCAAAAGCUUCUCUGCCUCAAGAAUGGGUCUCUCUUCAUUGGGCUGAUACUAUCCAGAGAAAUGAAAACUGUGGUCAGAAACAAGCUUUGCUUUUCAGGUGUCCAGAAGAGACACCAGUAAGCCAAGGGGCUACAGACGGAGCAGCUGCUCCUUGCCCUAUGAGGAGACAGCGAGGGUUCCUGGUCCUCACGUCACUGACCGAGCUGAAGGCAGAUUGCGGUCCAUCAUUCCAUGCCAGCAAAUCUUCAUUCUCCAUUGUUCUAAGGAUGCCCACCAGGCCCCAAACGUGUGCCGUAUUCUGGGUAUUCUAGACUCUCUUCAAUUCCUGGCUGUGCUGAUGCACCUUCCUGUUCACUUUUCAAUCUAUAGAGAAUCAGGCUCUGUGUAAAUGCACCAGUGACUUAUACAGAAUUAUCUAGGGCCAUCACUUGUGCCAUCCUGAUGGCUCUUAGAAGGGGCUGAGGGCUGGAGGAAGGUAGAAACAGAUGAAGUGCAGGGAAAUAGAAUCACAGGGGUUAGGGAUAGGAGGCGCCUUCCACUGGCCAUCUCCAGUGAAAUCCUGCCCUCAGGGAAACCAAAGGCCAUGGGGUUGGAUUUUCCCAGUGCUUCACAUAGUGCACUGAUGGAAAACUGCUUCCUGCUGUGUAUUUUCAAGGGAGUUUGUCUCAUUCACAUUUAAAGAGGAUGCAGAUAUGCAGGCAGCUUGGGUUUUUUUAGAAAGAGAAACAGAGUGUUAGCCCCCAACAUCCUGAUAAAAUUACAACGUUCUUGGAAAGUCUAAAUUUUUCUUGCAGUUCCUAUUGCACAUAAGUAUCCUUCAUGUCCUGUCCUUAGACUAUCAUGUGGGUGUUGCUAUGGAUCGUCGAACGGUUCCUGCACUUUUGCCCAGAAGUGGCUGCAUUCCUACCGUGAGCAAAGUGAUUGCUGUACAUUGGCAGUAAAACAGUCAGCGAGGCUUGAAUAGUACUCAAGAAUCCUACUAGAUGAAAGGUGCUUCCUACGUUUAUGAUCAUUAACAGCUUCUGCUGCAUAAAUAUAAUUAGCAUGUGACAGCAUGACAGUCAUGUGAAAGUUGCAUAUGCCUUUAUCCGUCAGUGCUCUCUACUUAGCCUCUUCUAACUAGCGGUUCCCCAUGAUGUGAGUGGGUUUGUGAACAAGAAUAGGGCUCAGCUUUUCAGACCUGAGUGCACCUUUACCCCUCCCACUAGUCCUGUGAUUUCACGUCCAUGUGCAAAUGACCCGUUAGACACCAAACGGGCCUUGUAGAAAAGGAACAGGUCAAGUUCUGAAAAGCUGGGCUUUGGUUUCUAUUCAUGCAAUGCAAAAAUGUACAAUAUUUGCAAAAGCUGGAAAAAAAAAUCAGGGCAGAAAACAAAGACACCAGCCAAAGGGAAACCAAGCUUCAGAUGUUUGCAGCUCUUGCUGUGUCUCAGCCCCUUUGGCCAGUCAUGACAGCAAAUCCCACCUGAGCCUGGUUAAGAUUGUUCAGCAGUUGCUACAGAAACAUGCAGGGCUACUGCUGGGAAUGCUGCCCCCACUGUGACACUCCUGCCCAGGAGGAAAUGCCAAACGCUUUCU